AUGAAUAUGUCGAAUUUUAUGCUGACAUUAGAUCCGAACUGUACAGUAUUUCUUAUGUGUGAUGUACAAAAAAGCUUAUUAAACACUGUUAUCGAUUCGGAUAAUGUUCAUUUGCGUAUAUCUCACAUUUUACAAUUAGGCAAAGCCAUGGGAAUUCCAUUAUUAGUUACUGAGCAGUAUUCUAAAGGUCUAGGUAGGACGUCAGAUUCUCUUGAUAUAUCACAUGCAUUAUGUGUGGUUGAUAAAACCUCUUUUUCUAUGUAUCACGGAUUAAUCGCUGAGAAACUAGCUGAGUUUCGUGAUCGUUUCGUUGUUUUAUUUGGACUUGAAGCACAUAUAUGUAUUCUUCAAACUGCUCUGCACUUAUUGUCUGAAAAUUAUAAGGUUGUUAUCGUAGCCGAUGCAUGCAGUUCUCGAAGUGCUGUUGAUAUGAGAAUUGCUCUACAACGUUUAAAUUCUACUGGUAUAAUAUUAUCAACAACUGAAUCAUUGUUAUUUGAACUUAUUAAAACAAAAGAUUCACCAUAUUUCAAUUUAGUUAAAAGUAUAGUACGUACACAUUUACCAGAUCAUCCAGCAUUGAUCAAUUAUUGA